CUGAGCAGCUGCAGACCAGACUUGACCUCCACACACCACUUCACUUCUCCGUCCUUAUCCUCUUUGUCAAGUUCAGCCACCAUGGAAGAAGCCAACAAGCUGAUCGGCGCCGGUAAGAAGCACCUAGUGAUGGGGAAAGCUGUGGAGGCAGUGAGCGCCCUGCAGGAGGCCUGCGGCAUGCUAGCUAAGAAGUACGGAGACACAGCUGAUGAGUGUGGAGAGGCGUUGUUCUGGUGUGGUAAAGCGCUGUUGGAAUUGGCACGGAUGGAGAACUCUGUCCUUGGCAAUGCUCUGGAGGGAGUGCCUGAGGGCGAGGAUGAAGAAAAACCUCCAAAAGACUCCAAUGUUGAAAGCACAGAAAGUGUUGAUGAGAAGACCAGAGACGAGCUGAGGGUCCAGGUGUACGACGCCAUGGCGGAGAAGAAAAACGAAGACGCAGAAAAUAAGGGCGAUGCGGAGAAGACGGAGGCCGGUGAUGAACAGAAAACAAAAAAGGAGGAUGGAGAUGAAAGCAAAUCUGAUGAAAAUAAGGAAAACAAAGAGGCUGAGAAGGAAGAGCAGGCAGCAGAUAAGCCAGAGGAAGAAGCUGAAGAUGGUGAGGAAGAUGGCGAGGAAGAGGAGGACGAUGCAGAGGUGGAGGGUGAAGCAGAAGGACAAGGCGAAGGAGACGAUGCUGCUGAAAAGGACAGUGACGAUGAGGAGGUGGACAACCUGCAACUGGCCUGGGAGAUGCUGGAAGUGGCUAAAGUCAUCUACAAGAGGAAAGAGGCGAAGGAGGAUCAGCUGAUGGCAGCCCAGACUCACCUCAAACUGGGUGAAGUUUCAGCUGAAUCAGGAAACUACACACAAGCUCUGGAGGAUUUCCAGGAGUGUCUGAAGCUGCAGCUGAAACACCUGGACUCAGACAGCCGCCUGCUCGCAGAGACUCAUUACCAGCUGGGUCUGACUUACAGCAUGAACCAGCAGUACAGCCAGGCCAUCGAGGAGCUCAACAGCUCCAUCUCCGUCAUCAAUAGCAGGCUGGAGAAACUUCAGGGGCUGAUGGACAAGGCCGAGGGUCCGGAGGCUCUGCCAGAUGAGAGGAAGGAGAUGGAGGAGCUAAAGGCUCUGCUGCCAGAGAUCAAGGAGAAGGUUGAGGAUGCCACAGAAGGCCUGAAAACAGCUGGCACCGACACUGAGGCUAUGAAGGGUGUACUGGAUGGAGGCUCCACUUCCUCUGCAUUCCCCACUCCAACUGUACAGAGUGUGAGCACUUCCUCAUCUUCAAAGACUAACGGCACAUCAACCAAUGAGGUCAGCUCUACUAAUGCACCCGCCCCCAAAGCUCCAGUCUCAGACAUCUCCCACCUGGUCAGAAAGAAGAGGAAACCAGAGGAGAGUCCAGUGAAGGAGGGCGCGGUCAAGAAGGUGAAGCAGGACGACGCUAAGACCAACGGAGCGGACCAGCCUCACACUAACGGCGUUCACAAAGCCAACGGGGACACUAACGGACACGCCAAUGGUAUGGAGGUGGAGAGUAAGUGAAGCGGGUUUUUAAGCCACGAAGAAGAGCUCCACCAACCUGCAAUGCUCUUAACCGCUACACUAGUGUACUGUUGUAAAUAUGUUUUUCUAUGCCUGUUGUUGUAUUAGUGUUUGCACAUAUGUAGCCUAUAAAAUAAAGUUCAAUAAAGAAUA